GAGUUCUCGCGAGAGGAAGCGCGAGUAGCCUUCCACGGGUGCGCUCUCCAACAUGGCGGCUGCCUGCUAGGACGGAGAAGCCGCGGCCUUGUAAACCGGAGAGAAAUGGCGGCGAAGGAGAGCGGCGGGGGCGCUAGCGACGCGGCGGGGGCUCCGGCGAAGGACAGCGCGGACAUGGUGCUACCCGGUUUUCCCGACGCCGAUUCAUUCGUCAAGCAUGCCCUGGGCACAGUUGUGUCAGCCACGAAAGCUUCGAGUGGUCUCCCUCAGCCCGGAGACGAAUUCGAUUUCUACCGUAGCUUCCCUGGGUUCCAGACUUUCUGCGAAACUCAAGGAGACAGACUGCUGCACUGCAUGAGCAAGAUCAUGCAUUACCAUGGCUGCCGCAGCUACAUCAAGGACCGCGGCAAAGUCACGGAGCUGGAGGACAAGUAUGAUCUGCUGGUGGACGCCAAUGACGCCAUCCUGGAAAGAGUGGGCAUUCUCCUGGACGAAGCCGCCGGUGUGAACAAGAACCAGCAGCCUAUCCUUCCCUCAGGCUUGCAGCCCCCAAAGACAAUCAUCUCCAGCUGGAACCGCAAGAGCGGGGAGACCAGCAAACGGACCAAGUCAGAAACUUUCCACUUGCUGCAUGCCAAGAACAUCGCCCGGCCCCAGCUCAGCUUCCGCGAGAAAGUGGACAACUCCAACACCCCCUUUGUCCCCAAGCUCUUUGUCAAGCCCAACGCUCUGAAGCCGCUGCCAGAAGCACUCUCAAAAAGCCGCCGAGCACGGAAAGAGCGUCCCGAGGACUUGGAUGUCCCAGCCGCCCUGGCCGACUUCCUCCAUCAGCAGAGGACUCAGCAGAUAGAGCAAGAUAUGUUUGCCCACCCCUACCAAUAUGAACUGGAGCAUUUUUCACCACUGGCUGAGCUCCUCGAGAAGCCGCAAGUGCAGAUGUACAGGCCUCUCGCCGAAACGCCCUGCCAUUUUGUUUCCACCUUGGACGAGCUGGUGGAGUUGAACGAAAAGCUCGUGGCUUGUAAAGAAUUCGCCCUGGAUUUGGAGCACCACUCCUACCGGAGUUUCCUGGGCUUGACGUGCCUGGUGCAGAUCUCCACCCGGACGGAGGACUUCAUCGUCGACGCCCUGGAGCUGCGCGACCAUCUGUACAUCUUGAACGAGGCCUUCACAGACCCCGCAAUCGUCAAGGUCCUGCACGGUGCCGAUUCGGAUGUGGAGUGGCUGCAGAGGGACUUCGGCCUCUACCUGGUGAACAUGUUCGACACCCACCAGGCCGCCCGGCAACUCAACCUGGGCAGACACUCCUUGGAUCACUUGCUCAAGCUCUACUGCAGCGUGGACGCCAACAAGCAGUACCAGCUGGCUGACUGGAGGAUCCGCCCGCUGCCUGAAGAGAUGGUCCAGUACGCCCGCGACGACACUCACUACUUGCUCUACAUCUACGACCGCGUGAGAGAGGAGCUGUGGGCCAGAUCCAACGAGCAGCCCGCUCAGAUCCAGCAGGUCUGGCACCGGAGCACGGCCAUCUGCUUGAAGAAAUACACCAAGCCCAUCUUCACUGAGGACUCGUACCUGGAGCUCUACCGGAAGCAGAAGAAGCAUCUCAACAGCCAGCAGCUGACGGCCUUCCGGCUGCUCUUUGCCUGGAGAGACAAGAUGGCACGCCAGGAGGACGAGAGCACUGGGUACGUGCUUCCGAACCACAUGCUGAUGAAGAUGGCCGAACAGCUGCCCAAGGAGCCCCAGGGUAUCAUCGCCUGCUGCAACCCCAUCCCACCGCUUGUCCGCCAGCAAAUCAACGAACUGCACCUCCUCGUCCAGCAGGCCAGAGAGAUGCCGUUACUGAAGUCUGAGAUGGCAGUUGCUGUGAAAAAGAGAGGCCCUCUUCCAAACACAGAGAAGCCAGAGAACCAUUUGUUCGGGCCACACGACCGUUCACACAUUCCUCCAGAUGAGAAGGCGAACCUCUCAGACCUAGCACCUGGUCGCGCCUUGGAGCACGCAAGUCUCUUUUCAGAAACGGACAGGGAGGAGGAACCCUCUAGCCCUCCGUGCCUCUGGUUGAGAGCCAGCAUCAGCAUUUUUAACGAGCCCGACGUGGACGAAGAGAAGGACGAGAACCUGACGAUUGCACAGAGGAAAGCCCUUCGCAUCAUGGAGUCCUUCGAAAACCCCUUCCGGAUGUAUUUGCCAGCAGAGCAGAACCCAGCCCACAUCUCCCAGUCAGCAAAGUUUGACCCAUCAUCGAAAAUCUAUGAGAUCAGUAAUCGGUGGAAACUCCUCAGCCAGGCCCAGCUCCAAGCAGCAGCAAAGAAAGAAGUGGCAAAGAAAGUUCUUCAGCAGAAAGCAGCAGCCCGGGAGGUUGCCGAGAAGGCGUGCAAAGAAAAAGCCAAGACGGCGGUCUCCGUUCGCCAGCUGGUUGCGAAAGAGCAAGCCAGCAAAAAGAGGGAGAGGGCAGAAAGUGAGGCCGGGACGGAGACCCCCAAGCAAGAGAAGAAGAAGAAGGUGAAGCCGCCGCCGCCGCCAGAAGCAGAACAGGAGACUCCGAAGCCCUUCACCCCCUUCGACUACAGCAAAUCUGACCUCCGAGUCUUUGCCGGAAGCAGCAAACCCAAAGCCUCGGCACAGUUUGAUCCUGCCAAGCAAGCCCAUGCAGGCAAAAAGAAAUUUUCAGGUGCCAGCAAAGUUCAGCAGCCAGCCGGAACAAAAAGCAUGUCCUACAUGGCUGGGAAAUCCAACAGGGGCUUCAGACAUAACUGGCCCAAAAGAUGAGACGGCCCAGGCAACCCUCCAGCGAGAAACCGGCAGGACGGCACCGGCACAGGGAGCGGCUUUCCAGCGAGGGACGCACCGGCCACUUUGCACAAUACCGGUUGUUGUUGUUGUUGUUGUUGUU